UGGAGAACCUGGAGAAAACCAAUGCUGACACGGGGAGAACAUGCAAACUCCACACAGAAGGGCUCCCCCACCUGCAGUACUUUUAAAAACUAUUUUUAGUCAUGUGACCUUCAGGGACUGUUGCAUAUUUUGCAAACAUGAAUAAAGAUUCUACAUAUUGAAAUGCUACAUUAUGCUUUUCCUCACUUUUAAGGCACAAAGCAGCUUUUUUAAUAUUUAGUUUGAGUUAAGGAAGCAAUUGUUUGAUCACCUUAAAAUACCUUGUGCCUUAAAUCCUUCAGUGUGACCUUACUGCACUCCUCAGCUGUGUGUCGUCCUAUACAAAGGAGCCCAGAUGAAAAGAGAAAAGCAUUUAUAUUGACACCUCCAGUUUAAUAGAUCUCCAGUGACAGUGGCCAUCUUUUACUGUUAUGUACACAACCCGUCUGAGUUUUUAUUCGGAGAUAGGAGACUUACGAGAUGUCCUGAUCAGAUAACCCCGCUGAUGUCUUAAUCCUUUUGUUCUUUGGAGAAAUAGGUCAUUACCUGAUUGCAGGUGUGCACUGAAUUGCCCCUUCAGAGGUCAUGUGACUCCAAAUACAAAGGGGGCCAGUCUUCAUCAGACUUAUCUAACAGGCGUUCAAAAGGAGGAAUUAUUUCCAAACAAAAUCACAGUGUUGAUAGUGUGAAGAUAAGAGGUGGGGACAGUCAUUUAAAGUGAGAACCCCUCUGCCCUCAUCUAUUGGCUGUGGGUGGGGGGUGGAGGUUGUGGCUCAUAAACUGUGUAAUCCCAGGUGUAUAUAAGGUGCUGGCAGGUGCUCUCACCUCAGGACAACAUCAGAUCGAUCAAGGAUGUGGAUGCUCUUCUUUCUGAGUGCCUUGUUGGGGGCGUUGGGGUCACCACUGGAUACGGCCUCGGGGGCAGCUCAGCAGCUUCAGACCCUUCACUGCCCACCCUGUGAGCAGAUCCACUGCUCCACCCAGCGGGCGCUGAAGCUGCAGUGUAAAGGUGGUGUCACGACAGGUGUGUGUGGCUGCUGCCCCGUGUGUGCCAGAGCAGAGGGGGAGACCUGCGGAGGAACGUGGGACUAUCUGGGCAAGUGUGAUGAGGGGCUGGUGUGUGUUUACCAGGACUCGGCUGACAAACCAGACGCAGAGCGCAAAGGGAUCUGUAAAGCAGUGAUUGAAUCGUCGGAUCAGGAGAGCUGUCGCCCAGAGUGCACCAGGGAAUACUGUCAGGCCAACCCUUCUGAAAUCUGCUCCGCCAGGUUUGUGUCUCUGGAGAAGACAGAGUGCCAAGGCUCCUGCCAACACACCUCCUGUUCAAGCUGCUUGCUGCUGAAACCGCCGUCAUGUCCUCAGACCUGCAGCCCCUCUGAUCACUCCUGUCUACACCACUUUGGGAAGUGUGUGCACAAUCACCUGAUAGCCACUCAUAACGCUGUGUGCCACAACAACCUGCAGGCAAAUCCUGAGGGACACUUUCUGUGUCUGGUCCCAGCCUGUCCAAACACAACAACGUAAAGAGAGGAAGUCUUCAGCAGCUCAUGUAGCAACAUGGAAAAAGGCAGCUAUCUAUAAACUUUGUGUAUACUGAAGAUUCUUAUUCCAACAAUCACAUUUUGUAUGCAUGUAAACCUGAAUAUAAAACUGUGAAAUGUAAUGUAUUAUUAAAUCAUGUGAAAUAAAAUGAUGUCAUACUGUACUUUCUUUGAUUUUAUUAUUUCCAUGGUAAUAAUGGUGAUGUUUUACCCCUUCAUGAAUGGGUUAACAUAUCUCUCGAUGUACAUUUUUAUCAGUGACCUUGUGGGUUUGAGCAUUUAAAAAAGAAAAAAAUGUGCAUCUUAUGUUAACGCCUGACAGUGCCCCGAAUUUCUACUUUUCUGCAAGACACAUUUCCCUAUGUGGACACAAAGUUAAUAAGGUUAAAGUCACCAGUUCACAAACUCCACCUGCUUUAAAAAGUUCUCUGUUGAAAUGAUUACACUCCAUGUAUUUGGAGUCAGUUAAUUCCACGAUGCAGACACAGUUUUAGCUCUGAAGAUGGCAAUAUUUGUUUGUCACUUUGUACAGACUGAAAUAUUUCAACAACUUGGAUGGACUGACAAGAAACUUAGUUUAGACAUUCAUGUCCUCCUGAGGAUAAACCAUCUGACUUUACAUGUCACCCCAUCAUGAGGUUCAAAUGUAAAAUUGUCCACUACUGUGGUUUAUGAUCUUCGGGAUGUCACUUUAUACCGGUAUUGACAAUAAGCAUGAUAUGUAAAAUGCAAUAUCACUAUCAUGUUACUAAUACACAUGAUUAUAUUGUGUAAAUAAUCCAACACCUCUUAAAUAAUUUCCGUUUCUUUCAGUUCUCACUUUGUCUCCUUCCCCUAAGGCUGUCUGGUUGCCUUUUUACUAUCCAUUAGGCAUAAAUGCUCUUUAUAAUAGAUGUUAAAUGCACUGCACUUGUACAGCACCUGUCUAGUCUUCCAACCACACAAAGCGUUUUUAAACUACAUCCAUUCACACACCAAAUACCUGACAAUUGCAUUUACACCUCAAAAACUGAAUCAGUGGUCUGUGAAGAUUAUCUUGCUGAACAAGACAUGUAAAUCUCAAAAACUUUUGUUUGCCACAGAGCUUAUUUUCUGUUAAAAUCCAAAAUCCAAUCGAAAAUUCUCUUUGGCUUUUUGAUGAGGGAACCAGGGCGAUGUUUACUUCAUGUUGGCCUCCAAUAAACCUAGCACUCCCAGCACUCUAUGGCAUUGUAUUAGCAUUUGUUCUCAAGUUUAGUCUUCUAGUCUGAACCAAUGUGGACACCGCAUUAGAAUUAGAAACAAUGCAGCAAGCAUUAAAGAAACAAAACUGACCUUGAGACAGAGAAAUGAGGUGAAAUAUUAUGAGCACAACAACGUAAUAAAUUAAACCAUCAUAUCAGUGUAGCGCCGUGUCGCUUCUGUUUGAACGGCUCCCCUUUUGGGAGUUAUUGUGGUUCACGGGAGAAGUGAAGCGUCUCGAGUCCCCUCUGCCGUCGCUGCCCCCCUGACAGUUGAUGGUUAUUGAAUAACAGACGGUUUAUGAGGCAGCAAUAAUGAAGCUUGUGCAGAAAGGGAAUAAAGUGUGGGACCAACAAUGGACAGUUUGUUCUGUGUCCUUCAAAUGUGAGCCGUUUCUGAAGAGGAGACGCAGUUUAUCUGGAAGGGAUUUCGCAACAAGGAAUUGUUUUUUCAUACCAAAACAAAGGCCUGCGUUUUCUUUCAUCUUCCUUUAACUUGUCAGUCAGUUGCAUCACUGGAGUGCUGAGAUAUCUAAAUAAUAUCCGGUGUUUAAUCAGACAGAUGAGGAGUGUGUGGCGCCUUGUCCUGUGUCUGUACAAGCAAUUAUCUAAUCUAAAUCUAAUUGUUUACACCUCUGGCUCUCACAGACCUACAAGAAAAUAGAUAUAUUUAAUGCUAAAACUAUAUAUUAACUGUUUUUAAAUUUGUAAUCAAAGUACUCAUAUCAGUUAAUAUUUUGUCCUCUUACAAGGUUUAAAGGCAAACCAUAACAACAACUGUUUAAAAUGUCUUUCUUUCGUACAUUUCUUGUGUCUCUAACUGUGGAGCACGGCAGCAUAUCAGGUCUCUAUUAGAAGGACAGGAUCUGUCACCAAAGCGGGCCGCCUCUGUUAUCAAUCCCAUAUAGCCGUCUCACUUUUUUUUUUUUACUGAUAAAAACGACGGAUAACAAAGGACUGUCUGCGUGCCAGCGGUAAUAAAUGUGCCCCUGUCAGAGGAGACUCAUGUUAAAGUUUGAAUACGACACAAAACAAUAGAAAAGUACAAGAGAUUAUUAUGAAGGAGUGACCUUCACGUAGAUUUUGGCAGAGUUUCACAGCAUGUCUGAAUAAUAUUUAAGUCACCUUUAGAACAAACUAACCUCAUUUGACCCCUCAAAACAACUUAAAUCAAAGUAUAAUUUUAUUAGUGUCAA